GGAAAAGCGACAAAGCAAUCGUCGAAAACAGAGGUGGCAGUGAAACAAACCGCUGCCGCUUCUAGAAAGAGUACUGGCGGCGGUAUUAGUAGAACUAAGAGCUCUAGUUGUACCUCCGCGGCCCUGGGGAAGAAGAGAAACGACACCAAGACCACCUCCUCUGAAGACGCGAUCGGGAAAAAAGCGGCGAAAAAAACCCUGCUGGAGCUGGAUUUGGAGGAGAAUCAAAUGAAAAAUGAAAAACCAACACCAACGGUUACGAAGGGCAAGAAAGGAAAGGAAGCCAAAGUAUAAAACAAUUUUGUUACGAGCACGAGCAGCUCAUGGGAAUUAUACCAGAUUGAUUCUUUUGCUUUUCUUUCUGAAGCGAAAGCUGAACUUCCGCCCGCGGCGUUAUGUAGUUGUAGCUUUUACCACACGACAGACAUCAGGGUUAUAUUUUUACUUGUUCUACUAAAAAAAUAUGUUCCAUGUCCAAAUUCUUCAAAUACUACCAGGCCACUGGGAAGGAGUCAGGCACCUCCAGCAAGGGAAUCGCCAAGGACAAGUACGAGGUUAGUGGCGCGAAGCCGGCCGCGCUGGAAGCUUCUUCCAAGUUGAACUUGAAGCGCAAGAGCACGGUGAAAGAAGAUUUGCCUUCCUCGGGCGAAUAUCAAAUGCAAAAAUGUCUGGGUCUGGAAACUUGUAAUGCUAAAAGUGAAUGAAAAACGCAUUGCAGUACGCAGCUACGCAUGACAAAUGUGUUGGCUGCCAUGUCUUAUAUAUUCCGCAUGGCAAACUGCGUUUUGGCAUGACAACCAAGAGGGCCUUGUCGUGCCUAUGCAGCACAGAUUCUCGAGUCAUGCCAGACAAGCAUGACAAACUGAAACUUUCAUUCUUCCAGACCCAGACAUUUUUGCAGGUGAUAGCGAAGUGACGAAACGGAGAACGAC